AUGGCGACCUAUAAUGGUAUUCCAUUACAGGACUUCGAGGAAUUCGAGGAGAACAUGCAAUUAACUCCAAACGAAAAUGUACUGCGAAGACCCUAUCAACCACGUGGUCGAGGAAAAUGGACUCCAGGACAGAACGGCAAUGGUGCCGGAAGCCAACGUAGACCCGGAGAUGACGUAUUUAACCGAAGAUUCAGCGGAGAUGCUCCCUUACAUGGCAAUCAAAAUCCCGAAAAUGUCCGAGCACGAACCGAAUUGUUCCAAGACGGUGGGGAUGACUUAGCGAAUCCAACAGAUAGCGCCGAGAACGCAGCCCCUCUUCAACCACCUCUUUUUCAACCACCCCCUCUUCAUAUACCACCUCCAGUUCAACGUAACGAGAACGUUGAUACACGCUGGGAAAACUUGAUGGCUCAUUUGAUUGAAGACGGACGACGUCGAGAUGAAAUGUUUAUGAAUCUUUGCGAACGUGUGAUGGCAAGAGAUCAAGGUCCUGUAACACCAGCACCAAAUCCAAUCCCUAAUUACCAUAUUAUGCCUGAUCUUUCGAAAAGCAUAAACGAUUUUUCAGGUGAGAUUGGAACAUCGCGUGCUAAGGAAUGGUUAGAGUCUAUUGAUAGUAUGAAAGUUUUGCAUCAAUGGCCCGACAACUUCGCACUCGAAACAGCUCGUAUGCACAUGAUAGACGGCGCACGAAGUUGGUACCAAAUAAGAAGAACCGAGUUAAUCACUUGGGAAUUGUUUCGCGCAGCUUUCACUAGAAGCUUUAUCAUUCAUGAUAAUUUACCGCAAAAAUGGAUGAGAAUGAAAGAACGUGUUCAAAGACAAAAUGAACCGUUAACGUCAUAUUAUUAUCAUAAAAUUAAAUUAUGUCGCGAAUUAAAUCUCGGAACCGCAGAAAUCAAAGAAAUGAUUUUAAUCGGUCUAUGGUCUCGAGAACUUUGCAACGCAAUGUCAGCGAAAAAUCAUACGGACGUGGACAAACUGCUCCAUGAUAUGUUAGAUUUCGAACGGAUACACUCUGAACGAGGAGAACGUAUACGUGCCAAGAAGGAUGUGAAACCAGAAAUCGCGAAGAAAGAAUCGAUCAACUUUACAAAACCACAAUCGUCGGACGAUUCGAAAAACACAAAACUGAGUUCGAAACCACCUGGUCAAGCAAAUCCAGAUCGACGACCCCCUGUCCGCAAUUCCGAAGGACAACCAAAGUGUUAUAAUUGUAAUAAUUAUGGACACAUUUCGAAAAAUUGCCCCGAUCCACCCAAGACUUUAAUGUGUAUCAAAUGUGGUGCACAGGGUCAUACUCAACGUCAUUGUCCCAAGGAUACAACGCCAGUGAAUAAGGAAGUGAAUCAGCUGGAACGAACAGAACCGGACAAUUCAGUGCGGAAGUAUAUUAAAGAGGUGAAAUUAAAUGAUAAUGCUUUGAUUGGGUUAAUUGAUACGGGUGCAGCAGAAUGCACAAUCAAAACGUCCUUGGUCGAAAAAUAUAAAUUUCCCAUUCACGAAGAAAGCAUUGUGUUAAAAAGUUUCGGUCCUCAACAUUUUUUAACAAAUUGCCCUGGUUUUGUGCAAGCACAAGUGUUGGUGGACGGAGUGACAGUGCCAAGUGUACGCUUUCUAAUUGUCCCGGAUGACAAUCAGAUGGUAGAUGUUUUGAUUGGCAGAUCAUUUACCGACUCAAAAUUAGUGGAUUACUAUAAAGUGGGUGACACGUUGACUUUUGUGAGCAGUGAAUUUGCACGUUUAGGAAAUGUCACAGUGGAGGAACCCUCUUCAAUAAAGUUCACAGUGCCGAGUGAGAUUGUGUUGCCCCCACGUUCGAUCAACUUUAUACAAGUCAUGCACAAUGAGGAUAAAUUUGUGAUCCCAGUGAUGAACGUGCAAUGUGAUCCACGCAAAUUGAAAGAAGGAGCGGUCAUCGCAGAGGCAUCGAUUAUUUCCCCACCAAUUUCUCAUGAAUCACCACCACCACUACCGAAGGAGUUGGAUCCGAUCCUACCAGAGGAAAUCGUCGUAGAGGAAAAUCUAUCAGGUGACAUUCUGAUGGAUUUAACAGGUAUUUUAAAUGAUUAUCGUACUUGUGUCGCGAAAAAUGUUUCGGAAAUUGGAUGUACUAGUUAUAUCGAGAUGGACAUUCAAGAACUUCCAAAUAGUAGACCGGUAGUGCGAAAACCAUACAUAAUGAGUGAAGAAGAACGAAAAAUGACGCGUGAAAUUUUAAAAGCAUAUCGAGAAUUAGGGUAUGUUACAGAUACAAAUUCAACGUAUGCAAGUCCAGUAUUUUUGAUUAAAAAGAAAAACGGAGAAUAUCGGCUCGUGGCAGAUUAUCGCGCGUUAAACCUUCAAACGUUAAGAAUACAUUUUCCCCUCCCGAACAUCGACGAUCAACUUUUGAGACUUGGCGAUUGCUGCUUAUUCAUCGUGUUGGAUCUCGCACAGGGAUACAUGCAAGUUCCCCUCUCAGCAGAGGCUCGAGCGAAGACCGCCUUCAUUACCCCAGACGAAUCAGGUGAAUUUACGCGCAUGAUUUUCGGCCUCAUGAACGCUCCCUUCUACUUCUCGAAAUUAAUGUCACGUGUAUUGAGCCCGCUCAGAGACGAAGGAGUUUUAUUUUAUCUCGAUGAUAUUUUGAUUACGGGAAAAGAUUGGCCGACUAUUCGAAAGCGAUUUAUUGCAGUAUUAGAAGCGUUAAAAAAGGCAGGUUUAGCAAUAAAUUUAAAAAAAUGUCAAUUUCUUUUGUCAAAAGUUUCGUAUUUGGGCUUCGAGAUUUCUGAAAAAGGAAUUCAACCGGGGAAAAAUAAGUUAGAAGCGAUUACUAAUUUUCCUACUCCCAAAAAUGUUCAUGAUGUACGACGAUUUUUAGGUCUCAUUGGAUUUUUUAGGCGAUAUAUUCACAAAUUUGCGACUAUUGCCGCCCCGUUAUAUUGUUUGUUAAAGAAUAAUCAAGUUUUCAAAUGGGAAAAAGAUCAAGAAAAUGCUUUUCGUUCGUUGAUCGACAUGUUAGUCAAAGCACCGAUUUUACAACCAUUUCAACCCGAUUUACCGACGGAAUUACACACUGAUGCCAGUGCGUUAGGAUUAGCAGCAAUGCUGAUGCAACGAAACGCAUCAAAUCAGUUACAGCUCGUGUAUGCUAUUAGUCGACGAAAUAAUGAACCCGAACGUUCUUAUCAUUCUAGUAAAUUAGAACUUCUCGCAGUUGUAUGGGCGAUAACUCGAUUUAGACGAUGGUUAAUUAACAUAAGAUUUACGGUUGUUACCGAUUGCAGUGCAUUAUUGUAUCUAAACACACAUAAAUCGAAAAAUCCGCAAAUUGUUCGCUGGUGCAAUGAACUUUCUGAAUACAAGUUUGAUGUUGUGCAUCGUCCCGGUACGAAGUUAGCGCAUGUAGAUGCACUUAGUCGCGCGCCUGUGGAAGAGGAUGAUUCAAAUAAUUUCAUGGAACAAUGUGAAGCGGAAAACGAGAGAUCAAAUUCAGAAAAAUCGGAUGUGCGAGAUUAUGAGUUAAUAAAUUCGAUUUUAUAUAAACGCGAAGGGGUAAAGAAAUUAUUUGUUGUACCGUCAGCGAUGAGAAAGAGUUUAGUUAUUCGAUAUCACGACCUUCAAAGUCACACGAGCGCGGAUCGUACAGUUGAAAAGAUUCGAGAAUUUUACUUCUUUCCGGGAAUGUAUCGUUAUGUGCGGCAACAUGUAAGAAGUUGCAUACAAUGUAUUUUGUCGAAAGCGAAAACAGGUUGUCAAGCUGGACAGUUACACCCGAUUAACCCUGGAACUAGGCCGUUUGCGAAAGUUCACGUAGAUCACGUAGGUCCAUUUGUGACAACAGCAUCGAAAAACACACACGCUUUGGUUUUAACAGAUACGUUAACGAGAUUUGUAAUUUGUAAACCAGUGAGAGAUACAAAAGCGUCAAAUGUAAUUCGCGUGUUAGAAGAUGUAAUUCUUGACUUCGGAGCACCCGAGAGAAUUAUCAGCGACCGAGGGACGUGCUUUACAUCGAAAGCUUUUUUGGAUUUUUGUAUGAAACACGGAAUCAAGCACACGGUAAAUUCCCCGAGACACCCGCAAGCAAACGGAUUGGUUGAACGCACAAAUUCAACCUUGAUUCCCGCGAUUCAAGCGAACAUUGUGCAUCGCGAAGGACGAGAUUGGGACAAGCAUCUUAAAAAAAUACAACGGGAUUUAAACGCUUCCCCCAAUAAAACUACGAAAAAGAGCCCCUUUGAAUUGGUUUAUGGCUAUAUCAAUCGUCACGAUGAAGGCCCCCUACGAAGUUUUACCAUUGAAGAUGAAAAACGCGUGUCUUCACCAAGUCAACUCCAGGAGGAGGCAAGGGUUAACAUCGAAAACGGACAACGUCGUUACAAAGAAAAAUAUGAUCAAAAACACAAUCCGAAGGUCACUUUUGCAGUUGGUGAAAUAGUUUUUAUGAAAGAUGCCCCGCAAAUCACUCACGAAUCAACGAAAUUGCAGAGAAAAUAUCGAGGUCCUUUGGUGAUAAACAAAUUAUAUCCUGGGGAUACGUACGGCGUGACCAGUUUGCAGCUAGAUUCUCGUGGACACCGAUAUGCGUCUACAGCCCAUGCAAGCCAAUUGAAAGGUUGGACUUCAAAAACCAGCAAUGAAAUUUCCGACGACGAAGAGAACGAGGAAGAACAAGAAGAGAAUCUUUCUCAACAUAGCGAAAAUUCUCCCGAAGAAAAUAAUAGCGAUAAAUUAAAUGAAAGCGUCGAUAGCGAAAAUUGUAAUGAAGUGAAUGAGAGUGAGAGUGAAAUGGUCACAAGACCCCGACGUACCGUAAGACGUCCAAAAAGAUACAACGAUUAUGUUAUGUAA